ACUUGCUGGGUUUCCAGCAGGGGGUGCGGAAGAGCAGGGCUUUUCCUCCCCUCUCUACAGGGCUGGAGCUGCUGGUUUGCACCCCCUCCCCUCUUCCCCUUGCUGAGAUUUUCCCUAGUGACGUUGGGAUGCUGGAGAAGGAGGAGGAGAGAGAGGCUCCCUCCUCCUGCAGCCCGGGACAGUCCGUUGCAGGGCAGAGCCGUGGCCGGCGGCGGGCUGAAGUCACUGGGCACCGGGCUGGGAUUGCCGGGCGGGACAGCAACAAAGUUCUCCAGAACUUCGGGGGAGGCCGGCCAAGAGGUGGGACCUCCUCCGCCGCCGCCGCCGCCGCCGGCCAGGCGGGAUCCACUUCGGGGAGCGCAUCCGCGAGCAGGCGGCUCCUGCAGCAUCUCCGGGCCCGCUCCCCGCCCGCGGCGGCUGGGCCACAAAGAGCUCUUUGUGCGGCGGGCGGCGCAGGGCUCCCCAGCAUGGGCCGGGGCACGGCCGGCGCCCUCCUCGCCCUGCUGGCGGCGUCCGGGCUCCUCCGCCUCCGCGCAGCAGGUGAAAUGGAGAUCCCAGAUUCAAAUGACCCUUUAGGUCAAGUGGAUGGACAUGACAGACCAAUUCCAACACCUAAAGGUUAUUUUCUGACCUUUUUGGAACCAGUAAACAAUAUCACCAUAGUCCAGGGCCAUACAGCAAUUCUCCACUGCAAGGUAGCAGGAAAUCCACCCCCCAAUGUCAGAUGGUUAAAAAAUGAUGCACCGGUGGUUCAGGAACCAAGAAGGAUCACCAUAAGAAAAACAGAUUAUGGUUCCCGGUUACGAAUCCAGGAUCUUGACACCACUGACACUGGGUACUAUCAGUGUGUGGCAACUAAUGGAAUGAAGACGAUAACUGCAACAGGAGUUCUUUUUGUAAGGCUUGGUCCAACAAACAGUCCAAAUCACAACUUUCAGGAAGAUUACCAGGAAGAUGGGUUCUGUCAGCCUUACAGAGGAAUUGCAUGUGCGCGAAUCAUUGGAAACAGGACCAUUUAUGUUGACUCUCUCCAGAUGCAAGGAGAAAUUGAAAACCGAAUUACUGCUGCAUUUACCAUGAUCGGCACUUCCACCCAUUUAUCUGAUCAGUGCUCACAGUUUGCCAUCCCAUCAUUCUGCCACUUUGUAUUUCCGCUGUGUGAUGAGCGCUCUCGGACCCCUAAACCAAGGGAGCUGUGUCGGGAUGAAUGUGAAGUUUUGGAAAACGAUCUCUGUAGGCAGGAGUAUAACAUCGCGAGGUCGAAUCCCCGUAUUUUGAUGCAGCUACAACUACCUAAGUGUGAGGACCUGCCACUACCAGAGACAAUAGAGGGUGCCAACUGUAUAAGAAUUGGGAUCCCUGUGGAAAGGCUCAACAGAUAUCAUCAGUGCUACAAUGGCUCAGGAGCAGAUUAUAGAGGGACUGUGGGUGUUACUAAAUCUGGCCACAACUGUCAAUAUUGGGACUCCCAGCAUCCUCAUAAACACGAUCUGACAAGUACACAGUUUCCAGAACUAGGAGGUGGACAUGCAUAUUGCCGAAAUCCUGGAGGCCAACUGGAGGGUCCCUGGUGUUUUACACAAAAUAAAAACGUACGCAUGGAACUGUGUGAAGUACCUUCUUGUAGCCCACGUGACAACAGCAAAAUGGGGAUUCUCUACAUUCUGGUUCCCAGCAUAGCCAUUCCUUUGGUUAUCGCCUGCCUUUUUUUCUUGGUCUGUAUGUGUAGAAACAAACAAAAGGCAUCUGCUGCCACCCCACAACGUCGCCAACUGAUGGCCUCUCCUAGCCAGGACAUGGAAAUGCCACUUAUUAAUCAACACAAACAGGCGAAACUUAAGGAGAUCAACCUAUCUACUGUGAGGUUUAUGGAAGAACUAGGAGAAGAGAGGUUUGGAAAAGUCUACAAGGGUCAUCUCUUUGGAACAGCACCCGGUGAACCUACACAAGUUGUUGCCAUUAAAACACUGAAAGACAAAGCAGAAUUGUCUCUUCGGGAAGAAUUCAAACAUGAAGCAAUGAUGAGAUCACGACUGCAGCACCCAAACAUUGUUUGUUUGCUGGGAAUAGUGACAAAAGAACAACCCAUAAGCAUGAUUUUUAGUUAUUGUUCUCACAGUGAUCUUCAUGAGUUCUUAGUUAUGAGAUCACCUCAUUCUGAUGUUGGCAGCACUGAUGAUGACAAGACAGUCAAAUCAACUCUGGAGCCAGCAGAUUUUUUUCACAUUGUAACUCAAAUAGCAGCAGGAAUGGAAUACCUGUCUAGCCACCAUGUUGUUCACAAGGACUUAGCCACUAGGAAUAUAUUGGUGUUUGAUAAACUUAAUGUGAAAAUAUCAGAUUUAGGCCUUUUCAGGGAAGUUUAUGCUGCUGAUUACUAUAAACUGAUGGGAAAUUCCCUUCUUCCUAUCCGUUGGAUGUCACCGGAGGCUAUCAUGUAUGGUAAAUUUUCUAUCGAUUCAGAUAUCUGGUCCUAUGGAGUUGUACUGUGGGAAAUUUUCAGCUAUGGCCUGCAGCCAUACUGUGGUUAUUCUAAUCAGGAUGUCAUUGAGAUGAUACGAAAUCGGCAGGUUUUGCCAUGUCCUGAUGACUGCCCCACAUGGAUAUACACCUUGAUGUUAGAAUGUUGGAAUGAAUUCCCCAACAGAAGACCAAGAUUUAAAGACAUACACAAUAGACUAAGAACAUGGGGAAACCUUUCUAAUUACAACAGCUCAGCCCAAACCUCUGGGGCAAGCAACACUACGCAAACAAGUUCUCUCAGUACAAGCCCUGUUAGUAAUGUCAGCAAUGCUAGGUAUGUUGGACCAAAGCAGAAAACUCAAGCUUUCCCUCAGCCACAAUUCAUACCAAUGAAAGGGCAGAUGAGACCAAUGGUCCCACCUCCUCAGCUCUACAUUCCUGUAAAUGGUUACCAACCAAUGCAAGCCUAUGGAGCCUACUUGCCUAAUUUUUACCCUGUCCAGAUUCCAAUGCAAAUGGCUCCACAGCAGAUACCUCCACAGAUCAUUCCAAAACCAGGUUCCCAUCACAGUGGGAGUGGUUCCACAAGUACAGGCUAUGUAACAACAGCUCCCUCCAAUGCAUCUGUGGCAGAUAGGGCUGCUCUGCUUUCAGAGGGCACAGAUGAUACACAUAAUGGUGCAGAAGACAUAGCCCAAAGUCCUGUUCAGGAAGAAGAGGAAGAGGAGGGUUCUGUACCAGAAACAGAAUUAUUGGGUGAUAAUGACACUCUUCAGAUGGACGAAGCAGAGAUGCAGUCAGAAGCCUAAGGAAACUGACCUUAUUACUAAGAGUUUCAGAUCACUUCAGUGCAUGGAGACUGUUGUCUUUUUGAUUUCAGAUCAAUACUUUUGGUCUGACUUAAAAAAUAAACCACCAGUAUGAAAUGCAGCAGUAAUGAUAUACCAGGUUUAUUGAUCGUCAUUGCCAUCAGAUUUUUGCAAACGUCAUGGUAUAGAAUUGCUGUUUUUAAUCUUUUUAUUGACUACCAUUCUUGAGGGAAGCUGCUUUACUAUAAUGUACUGUUGCUGUGCAACAUAUCGCAGAGUAGCAUUGCACAUCAUGUAUAUCAUGAUAUGUGAGUGUAAUUUUAGGGAAUUAUGCUUAAGUCAAUAACAGAAAAAGGAACCAAACUACCGUAACGCACAGGAUUGAUCAGAACUUGAAGGAAGUGCCCUGGAUGUGAUGGACAGCUUAGCAUAUAGUAUUUAUCUCCUUGAUAGAAUGGACAAAGGAUUGUUGUUUGUGUUUUUUAAAAAGAAAUCUGAAA